AUGGAGAAAAUCACAUCACAAAAAAGCAAGAGACGGGAGUCUAUAGCUACAGGUCAUGUCUCGCUUCAGGCUGGAGAUAAUGAACUCCUCGCGACACUGGGGUAUAAACAGGAAUUGAGACGGCACUAUUCAACCGUACAGAUCUUUGCCGUUGCUUUUAGUAUCAUGGGUCUCUUGCCCUCCAUCGCAUCCACCUUGUCAUUUUCUAUGCCCGCUGGCCCGGUGGGAAUGGCCGAUAUAGCCUCCGCAAUGCCAACGGCCGGCGGCCUAUACUUCUGGACUCACUACUUCGCCGAUGAGAAGUGGAAGAACCCACUGAGCUUCCUAGUUGGCUAUAGCAACACAAUCGGACUAAUCGGCGGAAUCUGCUCUAUCGACUAUGGAUUCGCCAACAUGCUCCUCUCGAUGAUAUCCCUAGCCAGGGACGGCAACUGGUCCGCCACACGACCAGUCAUCUACGGCACAUACGUAGCAACCGUCUUCGCACACGGCUUCAUCGCCAUCUUCUUCGGCCGUAUAAUGCCCAAGAUCCAAUCCGUCUGUAUUUUCCUCAACAUCGCCCUGGUCCUCGCUACCGUCAUCGCCUUACCAAUCGGUAAAAAGCACAAUAGUCCACCCGUCAAUCCGGGCUCCUACGUCUUCGGUGAUAUAGAGAACCUCACUUCCUGGCCCACGGGCUGGGCAUUCAUGUUAGCGUGGCUGUCACCCAUUUGGACAAUUGGGGCUUUUGAUUCGUGCGUGCAUAUGAGUGAGGAGGCUACGCAUGCGGCGCGCGCGGUGCCGUUGGGGAUUAUAUCUUCUGCUGGGCUUUGUGGGAUCUUGGGGUUUGUUUCUUUGGCUGUUAUUGCGGCUUCGAUGGAUACGGAUAUUGAUGGGAUUUUGAAUUCGAAGUAUGGGCAGCCCAUGACGCAGAUAUACUAUGAUGCUCUUGGGAAGAAUGGUGCGCUUGGCUUCAUGGCUGUUGUUAUGAUUGUCCAGUUCUUUAUGGGACUAAGCAUUGUCCUAGCCGCCUCUCGCCAGAGCUGGGCCUUCUCGCGCGAUGGCGCCCUUCCAUUCUCGUCAUUCUUUCGCAAAGUGAGCCAGCGAAGCUUGAUGCGGUAUCAGCCUGUCCGCAUGGUUUGUGGUGUGGUGGUUUUGGCGGCUAUCAUUGGUCUCCUCUCACUGAUCGACAAUACUGCUGCCAAUGCUCUUUUCUCUCUGGCUGUGGCUGCUAACGAUCUCGCUUGGCUAACGCCAAUCCUGGCUCGUCUGGUCUGGGGUGGUGAUCGGUUUGUGCCAGGUGAGUUCUAUACGGGGAAAUAUCUCAGUAAGCCCAUUGGCUGGAUUGCGGUUAUCUACAUGAUUUUUGUCAUUGUUUUGAGUAUGAUCCCUACCGAAGGUCCUAAUCCGUCAGCGGGGAACAUGAACUAUACCGUUGUUAUUAAUGGUAGUCUGUGGGUAGGGGCACUGCUUUAUUACUAUGUGCAUGCGAGAAAGACGUUCAAGGGACCGCAGACGACUGUCAGUCCGGAGGCUGAAGGCAAGGCUAUGGAUAAGGCUGUUCAUUGA